CACAAGAACAACACUUCCCCAAAGCUGGAGUUUGGCCGGUCCUACGUGAGAUCAACCUGCGGCAUCUCUGAAUCAGGCCAAGCCAGCAUGGCGAGAGAAGGAGCGAUGGCGUCUGUUACGUACAGCUUCGCGUGUCUAACAGUGCUGGCAUCGCUGGCGGCUCGCGCAGCAGAUGGCUCGGCUCUACCAAAGCCUGAGAAACGCUUCGGUGGGAUGGAACGAGAGGUCAUUCAGCAGCGGCAGCUCAACACAUCUGCCCUAAACACAGCCUUGGCCUUUGAACCUUACCAUGACCUGGCCACCAGAACCACUGCUGCGCCUGGGGUCCAGCAGCUGCAGCAGAGCAACAUCUUGUUCUCGCCCUUGGGCCUGGCAUCAGCUCUGGCCCUGCUGUCCCGCGUUUCUGGGUCUGAGAGUCGGAUCCAGGCCCUGGAGGCGCUGGGGCUGGGAGCCAACUCGACAGAGCGGAGCGUGGAGGCCACCAUAUCUGCUCUUACAGAGCUGCAGCACAGACUCGCUCCCCAGGAGGGUGGGGGUGGUGGUGGAGUGCAGAGGGCAGAGUCUGAGGCUGGAGCUGCAGCAGGGGUGGAACCAGGAGAUGCUGGAAACAGAGCUGAUGUAGAUGAUGCACCAGAGAACAGGAUGGAGGAUCAGCUGAGACUGUGGAGCGACCUUCAUAUUAAUGGAAAAUCUUCUCUAGACUACGACAGUUUUCUAUCCAGGCCUCAGCAGACCGGACCCUCCGCCGCCAACACCAGCUUUAAGACGCUGAUGAAAGACCUUGAAGGAUCUGACAAACUUGAACUUAACAAUUUUGUGUAUUUCAAAGGUCGUCAGCCGUUCGAGCGGCGCCACACGGUGCCUCGGAGCUUCCAGCUGAAUGCUACGACCAGCGUGGAGGUGGCCAUGAUGUUCAGGGACGACUCGUCCGAGGCCAUGAUGCUGUACGACACCAACUGCUCGGCCACGGUGGUGCGGCUGGCCCAGUCGGAGCGCCUGGCCUCGCUGCUCCUGCUUCCUAAGGCCGAGCUGCAGCCGCUGGAGGACUGCCUCUCCGACAGCCGCAUGAGCUUCUGGCUGAGCAACCUGAAGCCGGGGCGGGCAGAAAUCCUUUUCCCCAAGUUCCAGCUAAGGAAAUCCUACAGUUUCGAAGGCCUCCUGAGGACCGCCGGGGUGUCAUCACUUUUCUCCGACUCAGCAGACUUCUCAGCGAUAUCGUCGAAGAAGACGCUGAAACUUGUCAAGGCCCUUCAUGAAGUCAAGCUGGAGGUGGAGGAGUCCAAGUCGGAGGACGGGGAGAGACCCGACAUCAUGCUGGACUUCUCCGUCCCCCCGAGAAUUACCUUCAACAGACCGUUCGUGUUCAUAAUCUACGACGACGUCACGGGGCUCGUGCUGCUCAUCGGGAGGAUGAUGGAUCCCACAGACGUGUAGACGACGUGUUACGCUCACCUUGUUGCUGCAGAGUGUUUUUGUUUCACCUCCACUUUUUACAAACACUGCAGGAUGAUUUAUACUUCGUUCCUCCAUCCUCACAGAAAUGAUGAAAAGACAUUUAAAUGGCAGUAAUUUAUCCGUGUGACUGAAUCGCUGCUAUUCUUGCAAAAAAAACCAAAACAACAUAAAACACUUUUCUCUUCCAUUACAAAA